CACAAUGCACCUCUAACAGGUUCAGUAGCCCAUUGCCCCUCCGCAGGAGCCACCUAUACACCCGGGGUAUGAGCAGAAAGCCCAUGUGCCGGAUCAGUGCCCGCAGCUGAUGUCUCACACAUGCCUGCGCCCGUCUCCUUCCUGCAGGUACCUCCUCUCCCGCUCUCCCUCCCCUCCGCCUUUUGUUUUACUAUCACAGGGAGCUCUGCACACUACAAUUUCCUGUUGACACCGGAAUAUUUAGAAAGUGGGAAGAAGGGAAGAAGAAAAGGUGAAAGCCAGGCAUCUACCGUGAAGUUUCAUUCCCCCACCCCGAUCCUGAUUGCUGGGGCUGUCCCUGUAGGGUGGGUGGCUGAGCGUACUGGGUACCCCCACCCCCCAAGGCACAGAGUGUGUACAAGGAGAGACACCGUGAUCGAGGCUGGGGGGCACUGGUGGGCUGCUGAUCCGGUUGCCCUGGUGGCAGGGCCAGGAGAUCUUUGUGCUCCAGAGCUGGCUGGAAGGAUAUACCGGACACCGUGUGCCUUCUGCAGUGAUCUGUCUGUAGCGGAAGGGAGGCGGUUAUUGUGGUUCCACCUGCUGCGCCGGAUCUGGGAUUGAGGAGCCUUCCGCGUUCAUUGUCGUGGACCGGGGGAUGCGAUUUUGUCAGCCUUCGAUGCUGUGCCCCUGUGCAGGUUGCUGAUGGCUGAAGCCUGGCUGGACGAAGAGGAGGAGGAGCUGAGAGAUCUCAGGGAUAGCGCUGGGAAUAGGAGACACCGGAGAUCCAACCUUAACCAGGCUGCAGAGCGCCCAGAAAGAAAUAAGCCAGAGCACCGAUUUCCAGGACAAGGACCAUUAUCAUCCAUCAGAGCGGUGAUUAAAAGAACAUCCAGGACAUCAACUCAGAGCGAUCAACAGAGAGAAAGAAGGCGUCCUGAAAUCACAAUUGUUGCUGCAGAACCCAUUGGUCCUGGAUCCUGGUUUCAUGGGGGCCCUGCUGGAGGCUUAGGGUUUCCUCCUCCACCUCCCCCUCAGUGGAGACCAAGUGACCCUCACCCUGUGGAGCUACCACCAUCCUAUGAGCAAGUGAUCAAGGAAAUCGGUCAAGUACAGGUUGCAACUACACAGUCUAAUGUGGAGCCCAGGCGUACAACCACAUGUGCAACGCAGACUGACUUCCAGGUGGAAGAAGAUCAAAAUGUGCCAAACAAUAAUGUAAUUGUACAAACUGCCUUUUGCCAAGUGGACCCGCCUUCAGUGCAAAGGCGAUUGGAACUAUCUCAACAGUCGUUUGUAAAUAACAAUGUUAAAGAUUCUGCCUCCCAGAUAACAGUGUGUAACACUACCCACAAAAGUAUCCGACAGCAAGAAGCAAAUGUCAAUGUCGUUAGACAACCAGUGCCAAGGCCGCGGACAAAAUCCUGCCUCAAACCUGUAUUAAACAACAAUCUUAACGUAUUUACAUCUAGCAGUGAGGAGUUUUUUCUGUCUGCAGCAGAGGGACAGCUGCCUACCGCUAAACCUUGCUCUGGUUUUGAUGAUAACUUUGUGGGAGAUUUGCUUGAAAACAACAAUAUGAGCCAUGAACGAAGCCAAAACAGUAUUGUAUCCAGGAUUAAAGCCUUUGAGUCUCAAGCUGAAAGCUCAGAGCAGUCCAGAAGACCAGAAAUUGCCCCACGUUCCGUCAACACUAAGAGUUCUGUCCCUGCUAAGCCAAUACCGGCUCCAAAGCCUCUGCCCAACCGCAUAUCUGGGGAGUGGGACCCUGGAAAAGACAACAAACCAAAGGUUACACCAAGAGAAGGACUUGUUGCUCCUCGGCUACAAGAUCAAAGUGGGACAACCAAACCAGACUUACCAAAGAAACCCAAGCCUAGUCUUGUGAAAGACAACAGCAAUGAGUUUCUCAAUGUUACACCUGGGGCAUCGUCCACUACAAAUAACAAUAAAGAUGCUGAAAGGAAGGUACCUGUGCCUGCUCCAAGGCCACUGAUUCCUAGAAAGCCUCCCCAGGCCGAUAAUGCGGCCUUGUUGUCAUCAGGGCCCAGACCACCAGGCGUUCCUCCAAAACUGUCCGUAGCUACACAAGCCAAAGCAUUCACAGUAGCAGAAACAACUGUAGCCAAAAUUCCGGCCCCACCUGUGCAGAAUAAACCUAGUGGUGAUAUGGACCUCAUUAGUUUUGAUGAUGAUGUAUUGCCUCCUGCUAUGGUACCCAGUCCAGAAUUCACAAGCAACGCAAUACUGAAUGCUGAUCUCUUCGAGCUGUUCGGUAAAGAUGAGACUGUGGAAAAGGAGCAGCAGCCUGUGCCAGCAACUGUGGUGAGGAAGCCUACAGUCAUUAGAAUCCCUGGCAAACUAGGCAAAUCUUCUGAAGAAGUUCCUCAGAUUCCUCCUCCUCUUCCAGCAGAAAAGCCGGUUGGUAGCCUUUACAAUAAAUCGAGUGCACGACCGCGCCCCAUAGGAAGAAAAGAAUGGGAACAAGCAGAAAGUGCAGAAGAUUCUCGCCCGAGGCUGGUUCUGCCUACGAGGCCAGUUGGUGUUAAAGUGAUGGAAGCAAACCCACCACCACCACAGAAAGGGCCUCCUGGAAGACCUCCACCACCUAAAGUGACUAAACCAAGAGAAGCAUUUCCUCGUUCAUCCUCUGACGUGGGUCUGAGCGCGAAGCAUAACACUUCGGGAAUCAGUAGAUCAAAAAGUCAAGUAAUUAAAAGGCAACAACCAGAUCUACCUCCACGACCAAAGCCCGGACAUCCUCUGUACAGUAAAUACGUGUUGCCCCUGCCUCAUGGUAUUGCUGAAAAAGAUAUUGUAUCCAACAACCCAGGAGAGCUAUCAUUGAAGCGUGGAGAGGUUCUGGUACUCCUGGAACAGACUGAUAACAAUUACAUCCAGUGCCAGAAGGGUUCAGCAACUGGAGAAGUUCAGAUUUCAAACAUGAAGAUAAUUACUCCACUCGAGAGUUUGGAACACAAACAGAAAGAAAUAUGCCAAGAAGACAGCCAAUCUCCACAUGCAUUGGUACUACAUGAUUUUAUAGGAGACCAUCCGGAUGAUUUGAGUUUGACUUCAGGAGACAUUGUCUAUGUGUUGGAGAGACUAGAUCAUGAAUGGUACAGAGGAAAGUGCAAGGGGAGUACUGGCAUAUUCCCAGCCAAUCAUGUGCGUGUUCUGGUUGAUAUUCCAGAUAAGAUGCAUUCAAAAAUACCCUCUUCAACAUCCAUCUCAAAGGGUCCACGGUGUAUGGCACGUUUUGAGUUUAUAGGCGAUCAGAAGGAUGAGCUGAGCUUCAGUGAAGGAGAGCUGAUCGCUUUAAAAGAGUACAUUAAUGAUGAGUGGGCCAAAGGAGAACUUAAAGGAAAAACAGGGAUUUUUCCCAUCAAUUUUGUUGAAAUUAUUGAAGAUUUACCUGCUAGCGGUCCAAAUAAAUUUACCUCAGAUGUGGGAAAUUCACAAAAGAACAAGUUGUCAGGACCAGUUGCACAGCAGAAUAGCACGUCUGAGGAAUGGGGUGAAGCCCUUUAUGAUUUUGCUGCAGAGGCAGAAGAUGAUUUGCCCUUUAAAAAGGGAGAUAAAAUCCUUUUAUUAGAACGCCUGGACGCGGAAUGGUACAAAGGACGACUCAAUGGAAGGGAAGGAAUGCUGCCAGCCGCUUUUGUACAGAUCUCAUCAGGAAUGAAACCUCGGCAAACUCAGGGAGGGAAAACGGGAAAGGCUCGGGCACUUUAUGACUUCUGUGGGGAGAACGCGGAUGAACUUUCAUUUAAGGCAGGUGAUAUUAUUUCAUCUUUGGAAUCUGUUGAUAACGACUGGAUGAGUGGCGAACUCAAUGGAAGAUUGGGAAUAUUCCCCAAGGACUUUGUACAGCGAUGUUAGCUGAAGUUUAUUGUAGCCACACCUGAAACAGACUAUCACCUCCGGUGCCAAUUGAACUUUUUAUACUUUAGAAAUAAUGUGUGAUAUUUUUGCACUAUCUUUUUUUUUUUUUUUUAUUAUUACUAUUUUGUUUUAGGAACUAAAACAUCCGUUAAGGUUUAUGUACACGCUGUUUACCGUCUUGUCCCGUACGAGUAUUUUUCAGUCCAGCUGCAUUGUUGCUUUAACACACAGCAAAGGCCAUGUAGCAUUGUGAAGGGCUUCAAGAAAAAAUCUACUUUACUGAAAUUACCAAGAAAUCAUGACUUUGACCUACAAAUCCUCGGUUUCCCUAAAGUAUUGAGAAUGUCACCAAAACAAGACUGCAUGAGUGAGCUUUAUGCAGAAAAAGGCCUGACCUUAAAUGACUUAAAGAACUGUGUAAAUGAUUUUUGCUUUCACUUUUUUGUAUUUUUCUAAAACUUAUUUCAGUCCAGAUAGCAUUUUUUUACAUACAAUAUCAUGUUAUCCUUUUAAUGCCAACAGCAACAAUCGUGUUUAGUGUCUGUAUAUUUUGAAAUUACCUUCUCAAUUAUUUGUACUGUUGCAAAAAGAGGCCUUUCUCUUUACAUGUGUUCCUUUCAUUGGCUGCGUGGUUAGGUGGACUCGUGGCAAGAGUCCCAAGAAGGUCACAUCUCCUGAGCUACUCCCCAUCCUACCUGCACCAUGUACACAAUGUGUUUAUUAUGUUGUGUAGGUAUGUGGAGAGUCCAUCUACUGUUCUUUUUCCAGAAGGCGCUGGAGAUUUAAACUCGGAAAUACAUGUAAAUUAACAAGCAUUCCAUAUUUGUUAUGUUAACGUUGCUGCCUUGGUGGCUUUGUUCAUCAAGCAAGACUGGGGUUCACUCGGAUUAAAUAAAUCAAAUUUCCCCACAAAGUUAAGAGGUUCCAACCUUAAUAUCAGAUACGUUCAUCAACUACGAGUACGUUUUUGGAUGUUUGAAUAUAAAUGUAGACAAAUUAAUGCUGUUAUCUGUAAAUGUGACUAAUGCAACUUGCUGUUUGAGGGGGGGGCACUUUUUACACAAAAAUGAUGUAAUUAGAUUUACAACAGUGGGUAGGUUUACAGAAUUAAUGUGUUAACAAAUGUGUAUACAUUGCACCAUGUGUAUACCAUAUGUUGUAUGUCUCUGCGCAACCCAAGAUCAAAAGUUGCUCCAGCAUUUGAUGAGAACAUUGGUUUUUACUGGUGAAAUGUGAUGUCAUAAGGAGGCGAUAGACAUUCCUAAAUUUGUUUUCUUUCCGGUUCAUAAAAUGAAAUACUUUUAUUUCUUUGUUCCUUAUGUCUUUCUCUGCUGCUGCUGCCUCUUAAAUCUGUUGUAAUUACCAUAUUUUGUUUAACGAAAAAAAAAAAAAGAGCAAUGCACUUUAAUGAAACCGACUGAUCGCUGAAGAUUUUGAGGUCAUCAAAGUAAUCCAGUUUGGUAGCAGUAUAUGGAAAAUCUCACAUGUAUGUUUACUGUUUGUUGAAAAGGUUAAUUGGGUAAUUACUGAUACAUUACACAAUAAAAUAGAAAUUCAAAUAAAA